CGACCGACGAAGUAUUGAUAAUUGACGGAAAUGCCUCCUCGAUGGGGGUCCCCUUUUAAUAUCACCGUGAAUUAAGACCCUUUAUCCCUCGCCUUAAUUCUCCUCUUUCUUUGCCUACCGCCUGUAAACAGUCAGCGCGCGUUCCCGUCUCUUUUUUCCUUGAACGAUCCAUUUUUCUUCUUGCACGUUUCUGUGGUUUUGGUUCUUGCAAAGCGCUCUCUCUUUCUUGCGCGCAUCUUUCUCUCUCUCUUUUUACUUCAUACUCGGGGGCCGUCUUUCUUUAAUCGACAGAGUAUUAAUUUUGAUCAACCUCCUCACAUUCAUUUCGCGUGUUUUCCGCACAAACACUCAUUCGACCGCGCUCCCUUGACAUACCAAAAUAGGAAAAAGUUCCAUAUUUUUCGCACAUUUUUCCCCAAGCUUUUUUUGGCGCACAAACAUUGAAGGAAGACAGACGGGAAAGAAAGGGUCACUGGAACGCUGCACUACUCACGUGCCUUCCGAAAACAACACGACAUAGUAUAUCCAGAGAAAAAGACACAUAAGGAAGCGAGACACCAUCAAAAUAGUGCCAGGGAUAAGGCAUGCAAAUAUGACGGAUGGAGGAGAGGUUGCAGUGUUUAGUCCUGGAGUUGGGGAUGAAGUCAAGCCGUACAGAAUUCAUGUUUCGGGCAAAUAUCUCGACCUCACGCGCCAGAAGUUGGAACUCACUCGGCUGCCGCAUGAGAACUCGAUCGCAAGAUCCGAUGAUUCUUGGGAGCCAAAGACUGCCGUCGAAGCAGUGAUAGACUACUGGCUCGACAGGUUCUCAUGGCGUGAUCAGGAAGAAAGGUUCAAUACGCUUCCCCAGUUCCGAACCGCCAUAUCGACCGAUUCAGCACUGCAGGCGCCCCAGCGCAUCCACUUUCUGCACUUUCGCUCGCCGCAUCAAGGCGCUGUGCCACUGCUACUUAUCCCGCCAUUUCCGUUCACCAAUCUGUCCGUGGCUCAUCUGGGCGAGUCGCUUGCGGACCCUGCUUCUGCCUACGGUGACGACGCAGCUGCCAGGGCGUCACCUCCAAUUGCCUUUCACGUGGUGAUCCCCUCGAUCCCGGGCCUUGGAUUCAGCGAUGCGCUACCCAGCAACACUGGUGCGGUCCCGGCCACCGUUGAGAUGUUGGACCGUCUUAUGCGCCGUCUCGAGUAUCCCUAUUAUCUCGCGAGCGGGACCUCGUCGGGCGUAUCGUCACCCGCCCGUAUUGACUGGCUAAUUCUCGAGCGCCUGGCCUUGGAGUAUGCGAGCUCGUGUCUAGGGGUCCAUAUGAUCAGCCCGCCGCUACAAGCGCCAAACGUCACCGAAGCGCCUGUUGAGUAUGCCAAGUGGAGCAUCGCCAGCAUUUUCAGCGCAGCCAUCCUCGGCUACACUGCCGAAGACUUCACCGCCCUAGCUGCCUCCACCGCCCGAAGCAAAGUGACGAUCCUCCAGGAUGCGCAGUCAGAAACCCCCGUGCGGACCAGACCAUCGACACUGACGAAGCAACGGUACUGCAGUCAAUGCGGAGGUGCUUGCAGAUACGGCUCUCAUCAUGAGCACCUGGGCCAGGUAGGGCUCAACUCACUGGCACCGCCGCAGGAUGCCAACACACUCGCCUACGCUCUCUGCGACAGCCCGACGGGGCUACUCGUCUACAUUCUCAAGAUCUUGCGCCUACUGGCUGGCCCUGGCGGUGGGCCGUCGCGGACGUCCACAGCCGACAAAAAGACAAUGAUGCCGCCGACCUCGACAGUGGCGGGUUUGACGCACGACGACAUCGUCACGAUCGUAAACCUGGCGUGGCUGCCUGGCGCCGAGUAUGCGCUGCGCUUUUGGUCUCAGGCCGCGGCGCGGGGUGAGGCCGAAGCCAAUAGGAUGCGCAGAAUGAGAAAUGGCAGCGGGAAGAGGCCAAGGGUGGCUGUCACCGUCUUUCUUGGUGGGAAGAACGAGCCGAACAAGACUGAUGGGCAGGGACCUGGGACUGGCAGGGAUGUCGGAGAGGAUGUCGAUGCUGGCGCUGUCAAUGAGCAAGGCGGACCAAGAUCAAGAGCAGGUGUGGAAGGGCCGAUGCAAUCGCCAAACGGCGACCAUGCGCCGCUUGCAGAACUCCCAGAGCUGCCUGCAGGGAGCAGAGCCGCUCCAGAGCCGUAUGUGUGCCCGGCCUGGGGCAACUCGCGCUUCGAGGUGAUGUUCGCUCAGCGCGUGUCUGGAAAGCCCGGUUUGCUCGCCUGGGAGAGGCCGCAAAUUAUCUUGGAUGGUAUCCGUGAGCUAGCUCGGGCAGUUGUGAAAACAGACAAACGACUUACGGCUACUAAGCCGCAGAUGGUGCGUCUGGAAUCCGUGAUUAUCGACGACGGCAAGAAGGACGAUAAGCAACGGGAUCGACCCACCACUGCAACCGUGCAGCCAGAAUCUUCUGUUGCGACGCACAACGCCAGAGAAACCGAACAGCCCACGACAGCAGAAGCAGAAGCAACAGCAGCUCAAGCUUCCUCGUCCCCCAGGCCCUCGUCAUCAAGGUCCAACAAAGGCAAGGGACCGGAAAUGAACGACACGGACAAGACCACGAUAACCCCACAAUUACCACAGAAGCCCGAUCCGGCGAGACUGUCCAGCACAGACUCUUCGCCACGGGAACGCAUCGUGGGCCUCGCACGGAUCCCAGAGGUGGAGGAUGACGAGCUGCUGAAGCCUCCGCCGCUGCCACGGGGCGACAGCGUGUUCCAGGAUGAGUCGAGUCCUGACACUCUCGUCGUGACGACCCCGCCUCUUGGGGGAACACCACCCAUCGUCACCAGCCCGCUCCCGCCCCCGAUCAAGAGACCGCAGUCGGCGGACAAGCACAACUUGGACGACAGCGACAGCCCACAACCAAUAAGCCCGCCGCCGAGGAGCGAGAGGCGGUUAUCGAUCAACCCAGACAGGCCGACGACGUCAGGCGAUGGCGGUGAAACACCAAACUGAACAAAACAUAUUUCGAGCCUAAGCUAUGGCAUUGUUUCAUAUCAUGUACUUGAUCAUUUUUUCUUGUGGCGUCAGUUUCAUUUGGAAUCUUCACAUUAUACCCCAUUUUGUUCUCUUCUUUUUUUUUUCCUGAUAACAGCAGCUGCCUUGGCGGUACAUUAUGGGGUGGACACUUUGGUCGAGGAUUGUUGUACUUGGUUGGAUUUAAUCGUGGAUGGUUUGUAUGUGACAGAAACAUAGGUAGCUUUUUGCGUCUGUUAUUUCUAAUGGGUAAUGAUCAUAAGGGCAUACGUUAAUGCAUAUACACGGGGCAUGGCGAGCUUAAGUAGAAUAUGCGCAAAAAAUACAAAUACAAUGAAGA